CAGCGGGCGGUGAGGGCGGCGGGGCGGCCGCCAUGGAGGGCGGCGGGAACUCCAAGGGCACCGGGCUCGGCGGCCUCUUCGGCGCCGGCGGGCUCGGGUACUCGCACGCCGACCUCGCCGGGGUGCCGCUGACUGGAAUGAGCCCUUUGUCACCGUAUUUAAACUUGGACCCCAAGUAUCUAGUACAGGACACAGAUGAGUUUAUCUUGCCCACAGGAGCCAACAAAACUCGAGGCAGAUUUGAGCUGGCCUUUUUUACCAUUGGAGGAUGUUGUAUGACAGGGGCAGCGUUUGGUGCACUGAAUGGUUUGAGACUUGGCUUGAAGGAGACACAGAACAUGCCGUGGUCAAAACCUAGAAACGUACAAAUUCUAAAUAUGGUGACAAGGCAAGGAGCAUUAUGGGCUAACACACUGGGAUCACUGGCUCUACUUUACAGUGCAUUUGGAGUCAUCAUUGAAAAAACACGAGGUGCAGAAGAUGACCUGAACACCGUAGCUGCUGGAACCUUGACAGGAAUGCUAUACAAGAGCACUGGUGGAAUGCGUGGGAUAGCACGAGGUGGGAUCGCGGGGCUGACGCUGACCGGCCUCUACGCUCUGUACAACAACUGGGAGCACAUGAAGGGCUCCCUGGCCCGCCAGUCCCUGUGAGCAGGGCAGAGGACACACUUGCAUAGUCACCAAUCAAAUCAGUUGUGAGAUGUAUCUGGUGCCCCUUCCUAUUUUAUUUACAAUUAGUGUGAAACCGAAGGAAGCUGUGCUGGGAGGAACCUCUUGACACCGUGUAGCUGGACUGGCCCUUUCCUUCCCACCAGCCAGUUGCUGGAGAGGCAGCAAUAUUUGUUGGACUUGCAAGUGAACAGAGUGGCCACCAAGACAGUCUUCCUGGCACGCUCACCAGCCAGCCCUGGGCCAGAGCCACAAGGCCUGCUCAAGUCCCACUGCCAGGUUUGUUGGGGCACGGCAGCGACAGCCCUGUAAUAAAGUCUGUGUCCAUAGACCAUUCCCUGCAGCCUCAGCACACAUCACCUGGCAACUGGCACAGGGCAAGGCUUGUUACUCUGACAGCACAAGGCAAGCUAUAAAAAGGGACAUCAUCAUUAAUAAAAAGGGUGGUACUUACUCAAUGCCAUUUCUAUCCUUUGCUGUUCCUACCACUGGUAAGACAAAAAUGUGCUGCAUCCACUGACUUAUUUAUGGAUUUAUUUUGAAGGACCAACGUGAUAAAAUCCUGGGGGAGUCAGUGGGUGAGGGGAAGUGGACUAGCAGGCUGAGGGUCUCCUGAUGCGUGGUUGUGGUGGAGCAUAGCAGGGCUUCCCUGCACGCCCUUAUUUGCGCUAAUAAAUAAGGAACUGGUUGUUUAUGGAUGAGGUACAGUUGCUGUUGCAGAACAGCUGCCAGUGGAUUAUCAAAACACUUGGGUGCUCCAGUAUCUCAGAGCUCAUUUAGCCAACAGUUAGAAACCGAACAUAUAGACUCCUCUCAUUGCUUAUUACAGGACUUCUAAUUAGCACAAAGCUUUUUGCCUGAAAUACCAUUUGUAAGGUUUUGGCAGAAUGAAGGCUGUGAUGAACCUAAACUUUCUCCGGUGUUAAAAUUAAACCAUGUACCAAG